GGAGUAAGUCCAAUUGAACCCAGUAGGACAGCCUCCCAAGUAAAUUUGCAUAGGAUCACCUAUAAGAAUGAUAGGCUGGCUUCAAAGCUUAUGCUGUUGGUGUUGUGUUUGAUGUGUCAGGAAGAAGGUUGUUCUUGAUUCUGGGUUGUUGCUAACCAGAAUGAACUCCUCUCUCUCUUAUUCAAGCAUGUCUUCUGUUUCAAGCUUGUCUUCCUCAGAAAACCAGCGGACGGCUAUCCUUUGGGGUUGUGAAUUGAACAGCAGGGUCAAGAGUCUAGUGAAGGCCAAAGAUGGCAUCUGGGAACAAAUUGUGUGUUUGAGAACGGUGUCUUUGGGAGAAGAGGCUUCGGAUGAGCUGCAUGUGGUGGCCAUAGAGUCCCAAAACAUGGCUGCAGCCCUGAAGCCAAUGCCAAUCGUGUCGCUGAGACAUUCUGUCCUACCAAUGGUCAAUAUGGAGAGCUUUGAGUUCAUCCCUCCUGUUGCCUUUAUCCUGAAGUCUGGUACUGGGCCUGUCUACCUCAGUGGGAAAAACCUGACCCCUUUCGGGGAAAACUAUCCCAGUUAUGAUACAUCAGACGAGGAUGCAGUUGAGGCUGGAGAAGAGGAGCCCGAUGAAGUUCUGGAUGAUCCCGACUAUGAAAAUGAGAAUAAUAUUGCACCAGAAAUGGAAGCAGUAGGGCCUUCUAAAGCAACAUGAUUUGCAGAUUCCGACCUGCCUGUGAGGAUCAAAUGGAGAUCUGCCAGAGGGACAACUUCAGAUGGAACCAUGUGCUGCUGAUGGACUGAUGAUUAAAAACUUGUGUUGGAAAAGUC